AUGGAGACCGUAGAUCGAGGGCACACUGUUGCUCGCGAAAAUAAUCUUGAGAAUAUAUCACAGACAGACGAGCAGAAAGACAACAUCCCAAGAACAGUGACGAAUACCACACCAAUAUAUAAUGAACCUGCACGUCCCGAAUAUUGUUCCAACUGUGGAAUGGGACUAGCAACUGCACAGGACAUGAAGCGACAUUUGGAGCAGCAUGAAACGUGUCCUUCGGAAGGGUGUAAUUUUGCUGCCCUCGCAAAUAUCUUAGAGCGGCAUGUUGAAGCAAAUCACAUAACGGGGAUAUAUACAAAAGUAAAGAAAGUAUGGACGCCAGAAGAUAUUGCUGCCUGGCGUGCUGAACGUCGCAAGAAGUUUCCAACAGCUGCUAAUGUGGAGACAGCCAAGCGCGCUAAGGAGCAGCGUCAAAAGCGUGGUGAACGCUUGGAGGCCUCUAGGGAACGUUUUGGUAAGCGUGAGGAUCGGCAACGAACGCGACCACAGACUAACAGCAAAGAGCGAAGCAAGCAAACCAAAAAGCGAAGAAAUAAUACUAAACAAACGCCAGCAACUAAACAUACUAAAAAAGUGGAGACUGAAGCGACGAAACAAGAAGAAGAAAUAAAAGUUAGUUCCACAGGCGUGCCUAUGUUUAGGGGCACAAGCCAAAUGAGUAACUACAAGCAUAUAAAAUCGAAGGCAGAUUCAAAUGCGCUAAGCAACAUGUUGGGCAUGUACGGUACAGAUAGCGAAGAAGAGGAACAGGACGAAUCAAUGGAUGACGAUGCUAGUAAUAAGGAUUGUGAGGAUCAACCUACAAAUAUACUGGAAGCUAUGGAGCAAUCAAAAGUAUCCAGUUCGUCAGAUGAAGCGCCCGACGAACAGCCCAUUGUUCGAAUUAAAGAUGUAGCUUCUUCUGCUAAUCAUUCUCCAGCGGAGAAAACUGCAGCAACUACAGACACACCAAUAGUAACUACAGACACACCCACAUCAAGUACUCAUAUUGCUGAUAAGCCCACGUCCAGCAAAAUUGCUCAGCGUCCUGCAGUUAAAAAACGUCAUUAUGGCCUGAACUUUAAGCGAGCGCGACAAAUUAGCAAACAAACCACCAUGCUGUCAAAGCUGCUUGAAAAGGAUAUACGCCAUGAACGGAAUGUACUCUUGCAGUGUGUGCGCUAUGUAUGUGAGCAGAACUUUUUUGGUAUUGGUACUACUAGUGUUAAGGAAACAAUAUAGCUUUUUUGACUACUUAAAAUAAAAAUGUUUGUUUAUU